AUGAGGUCCAUUAUUGCGAGUGCCUUUGUUCAGGCCUCUCUUAUUUCAAUUGGCUCUGCUGCCCCUGCUCCAACUGCUUUCGCCAAUGAUGUCAACCCGCCAGAUCCUGUCAUUACAGCCUCCCCGGUCGAACGUAAUCCGUCUCGAGUUGUUGCCCGAAACAUAUUAAGCGAUGUUGAAUCCGAUGUCGACAACAUACUCCCAGAGCUUGGGUCCGGCCUACCUUCGUGGGUUGCAUCUGGAGUACCCAACUUUUUCCAGGGUUUCCCGACUGGCAACGCCGUAGUGAGCUCUCUUGGAUUGGACAGCUCCGAAUUGGCUGCAUUACCAACCAAUGUGUUGAACAUCGACCCUUAUGCCAACUGGACGAACUCGGGCUGGAACGUUCGCUUUCACGGGAACGUGUACAAACAACCAAAUACAUCCGUUUCAGCCUUGAACGAUUUGGCCGAUAUCUUCCUCGUCAACACUAGCAUCUCGGAUCUUCCUAAGUCUCAGCAGAACCAGGCACGAAACCUUACUGCCGGAAUAUUUGUCGUACAACAGCCAGAUGUUGCCGUGAACAAGAUCCACCUGAAGCCGGCAGCUAGUCAAGGAUCUAGCGGACAACCAGGUGGUGGUGGAUCAUCCAACACGACAGGCGGUGCGCAAGAUGUCACUCUGCCUUACAACACUACAGUCGAAGGUGAUUUCGAUACAUUUGUGCCAAUCGACAGUAAUGGCCUUACUGCGGGCAAUGAAACCUCGAAAAUCCAGAGACUUGACACUCAUGUCGAGGGUGCAAGUAUUGGAAAUGCUACCGCCUACCUUGUGCCUCCAACGGGACUCACCAUCGUCUCUGAUGUUGAUGAUAUUCUCCGUGUCACCAAGAUCUAUCAACCCGAGCAAGGACUACUUAAUUCCUUUGCUCGCCCAUUCACACCUUGGCAGGACAUGCCAGACAUUUAUCGCAACUGGUCCACCAGUCUCCCCGAUAUGCAUUUCCAUUACCUUACCACCACCCCGGAGCAAAUUACCAGAAACUACAUGGAGUUCAUCUACAAUAACUACCCGGGCGGCUCCUUCGACACCCGUCCUCUCAAUUUCAGCGACGUUUCCGCCACUUUGUCGAUUCGCCAGUUCCUAUUGCAGAAACUCUUCGAAACCUUCCCCGAGCGCAAGUUCAUCCUGAUGGCAGACACCAGCAACAGCGACAUCAUGCGCGACUACCCAAAACUAGCCACCGACUUCCCCGGACAAGUCCAGUGCAUCUUCCUCCGCAACACUUCGGCAACCGAUCCAGGCGACAAGUUCCCAUACGAUACUUCCGGAUUCAAGAAGCUAAACCAGUCGAUGUACAUGUUCUUCGUGAACUCAGCUGACUUGGCCAAUUUGGAUAUUGCGAACGGGCACUGCUAUAAUACGUCGGUUCCUCAGAAUCUGACGUUCGGCUACCAGGGACUACCACUUGGACUGGGAGAUACCCCAACUGCGGUCAACGGAUCGGCAAAUCAAACUGGAGCCGCUAGUGGUCUCGUAACCAAGGAAUCGGCUAGUGGCCAUGGCCUGAUGGCAUUUGUCGCAGCAAUGUUUACGGCGACUUUCAUGUUUUUAUAG